GGGGUUGUGGGAGGAGCCUAAAGCGGCGCCCGCCCCUGGAAUAAAACCUGACACAAACUUUACUCGUGUCACAUUCAGCUUUGACUGAAACCACUGCGGAGCUUCAGCUACCAGAUCUUGGAAUACAACCAUGAAAUUGCUUCAGGAGUCCGAGGACGCAAAAGCCAACAAAAGGAGUCUCAAACCUCAGGUGGAGAGACGUCGACGGGAGCGAAUGAACCGCAGCCUGGAGAGGCUGAAGGCCCUUGUAAUACAGCAACAGGAAGCGUCUCCGCGCAGAGUGGAGAAAGCGGAGAUACUCGAGCACACGGUCUUGUUCCUGCAGAACAGCUUGGAAGGAAACCAGGCGAGAGCUGACAGCGGAGGUGGAGGUCAGCAACACUCCUUCCGAGACGGCUUCUCCACGUGCCUGCAGAGAGCUGCUCAGUUCCUGGGACCUGAGGGGAAAGGCCUGUGGCUCGGAGCGGCACUGGACGCGUCUCUCGCCGCUCGCUCUUCCCAUCCAGACCCUGCAGGCGCACGGAGAGGAGCCGAAGCUCGUUCGUCGUCGUCGUCGUCCUCCUCCUCCUCCUCCUCCUCCUCUCCUUCCCUUCUUCUCAGGAAUUCCUCCAGGUCUAUUCUUCGGUUGUUGAUACAGAGAUCCGGGUACAGGCUGCGCAUGGCGGCCCGCAGCGCCGUACAACCAAGUGGUCAGAGCAGCGGCGCCCCACGAAGCUCCGCCACGUCGACCCGGCAGCAGGCGCGCAAAGGCACGAGUCCGGCGGGCAAACAGAGCCCGUCGGGGAGCCAGUCCAUGUGGAGGCCCUGGCCUUGAUUCCCGCGCGGGGACCUCAGAAACUGAACUUUAAAUGACUCUGAUAUGCUGACUUAACUUCCGCCAAAGAAGAGCGUGUUCUACGAGGGCAGUGUCAGCGCCUCCUGCUUUCUGUAAGGCAACAUUGUAGAUAUACUGUAAAAUUGAAGGCAUACACCAAGUGCUGCUACGGCCGAUGACAGGCCGACUCGUGUUCAUCGCGUCAUAUAUAUAUCGUAUGUGAAGCAUUUUUUGCACCUUAAUAUAUUGUAUUUGUCAUUUGCAAAUAAACAAAAGGAAAAAUCCCCAAAGAAGGUCCCUGCAUUUAUUGAUGUUUGUUGGCACGCGUCUUGAGGAGCAUACAUAGGCGUUUCACACAAUGGAAAUAGUGUCUAUGCAUUGCAUCAUUACCGGUUAUAUAGCCAUGUGAGGAUUCUCAUUAAAUGAAUAAAUCCUUUAUACAUUUAAGGUAAAUCCAAAAGUUGCCAUUCUAGUGCGUAAUGUUAAAUAUUCCCGAAAUAAAAUUUGACAUUAAGUUUUGUCCGUAUAAACAUAUUUUAUUUUGAAAGUCAGCAUUUGAGUAAAUAAUAUUCUUGGGGUGCGUAAAACAAUUCUUAUUGGACGCUGCCCGAUCAUUUAAUUGCAUCCGUUUAAACUCUCGGUCUGCAGCUCAUCUGCAUUUCAAUCAUCGGGGCAGGCGCGUGGGAACGAGGAGAGUGUCUCAUCUGU